AUGUCGCUGGUUGGCCAACGCCAAGCGUCCCUGGCGGACACCGCCCGGUCCCUGCCGCACGGGGCCGCCACCGGCGGCGGCGGCGGCGGCAGCGGCCCCACCGCCGCCCUCGGCGCCACGCAGCAGGAGCUCCUCCUGCACUUUGACCUGGCCACCGAGCACCUCUACCUGCCGGAGGGUGUGGUCCCGCCGAAGGACCGCCUGCCGCCGGCCAGCGGGGAAGCCGGCCUGACGCUGGCCUCGACUCGGCGGCCGUUCCCCGGCUCCGGCUCCGGCUCGAGUCUGGUGACCGGCGGCUCCUCCUCCGGGCAGUUCGCGUCCCCCGGCGGCGGGCCGGCCGUCGGCCUCCAGCGCCUGCUGCCCGGGCCCGCGCCCUCCUCCGAGUCGCACUUCCUCUUCGGUGCCAAUGCCGGGCCCGGCCCGUAUGCCGACUCGAGCGCCCUCCUCCCCGGGCCUGGUCUGGCCGACGGGGGUCCCUUUUCGCAGCCGCGCUUCCUGACUCAUGGAUCCGGCGGCUAUCCGACAUCCGGCCACGGGGGCCCCACUCCGACGCCCCCGCAGCAGCAGCAGCAGCAGCAGCAGCAGCAGCAGCAGCAAUACCAGCCGGACGCCCGGGCCAUCGGGCCGGUGUCUGUCCAGCAGCCACCGCUGCCGCCGCCGGCACAGCAGCAGCCCCUCGGCACCCCCAGCCGCGGGGACUUCCACGAGCCUGGCUCUUUCACCCCCUUCGGCCAGCACCCCGGCUCGGCGCACCAAUCCCCCGGCAGCCGGAGCGACUCGUCCUCCCCCCCGCAGCCGGGCGACCUGCACCGGGCCAAGCGCCCGCAUGACGCCCUCCUGCCGGGCCCCGGGCCGGUCAUCCACCACGGGCAGCACCAUGCCCCGGGCUCGGGAGCCGCGCGCUACAUGCCCAGCCCCCAUGGCCUCGGACCCGGCAACACCCCGGGCCCGAGCCCGCACUAUGCCGGCCUGCCGUAUGCCGGCGGCCCGCGUCCGGUGCCGGCCCCUCUCUCGGAGGAGUAUUACCACGGGCUGGGGGCCGGGCCGGGUCCGUUGGCGGCCGUCCCGCUCGAUGUCGGCUUUGCCGGGGCCCGCUCGCCGGGGCAGCACGGCCCGGGGCCCGCCGCCGGGGGGGGCACCUUCGCCAUCGGCACCAACAAUGGUCCUGGCCCCGGUGCUUCCCUCUCUUCCGGCCCGGGGGGCUACACCCCGCGGCACUACCUGCCGGCGGGCGGGGCCUCGGCAGCCGCAUCGCCCGUGGUCGGUGGCGACCUGCCCCUGCACAAGCGCCCGCGCGCGGCAUCCUUCUCCGGGGGUCUCUCGUCGCCCCGGCGCCCGGGCACCGGGGUGCUUUCCCACUCGGAUGAGGAAUCGCCGGUCCUGCCGGCCGAGGACUCCUUCGAGGGCGGUGGCUCGUACGCCCCGAACGGCGGGUCGGCCGGGCCCCAUGGCGGGUACUCGUACCUGCCGCCGCCGCAGUUGCUGGUCGGCGCGCGCUGGCUCCCCGGGGCCGGGGCCUCGUCGGCCCGUGGCGGCGGCAGCGGCCCCAACUCGCAGUCGGACUCGCGCUCGGCGUCGCCCUUCCCCGGGAGCGGCCCCUCCGGGGGCCGGGGCUCCCCGGCCGGCACCUCGCGCUCCCUCGUGUCGCGGCUCAAUCACAAUGCCUCGGAGCGCCGGCGCGCCCACAGCAUCAAUGAUGCCAUCACCCGGCUGCGGCAGCUGGUCCCUGGCUGUCGGUCGUCCCUGGUGACGGACACCGGGGAAAAGAUCAGCGGCAAUGAGAAGGUCACCAAGUCCGAUGUCCUGCACAAGACAUGCACCUAUGUGGAGGACUUGCAGCUGGACUAUCAGGAACUCCUGGCCCACAUCGACCGCAUGGGCCGCGAGAUGGACCGGCUGAAGGCGCAGCUGGCGGCCGCCCGUGGGGGGGACCGUGCCGUCACCGGCGCCUCGGCCCAAAAGCCCCCCGGCCGGCAGCAUGAGCAGCGGCAGCAGCAGGCCGGCGAGUUGGCCCUGCCGCCGCCGCCGUCGCAACAGCAGCAGCCGCAGCCGCAGCCGCAGCCGCAGCAGCCGCAGCACCAUCUCCCCGGGCCGCCGUAUGAUACGGUGUCCUUGCCGGGCGCCGGGGCUUCGCCGGUCCUGCAGCAAUCCCCGAAUGCUGGUGGGCCCGCCAUGCAGACGCUGGCCCGGUCGUCGGGCAUGCAUUCGCAGCAGCGCUUCGCCCCGCCCCACAUGUAUGCCGGCCACCCGGGCGUGGCGCCGAGCAUGUUCGGCUCCCCCCGGUCGCUGUCUUCCUCCUCCUCCUCCUCCUCCUCUUGCUCCUCGGCGGCGGUGUCCUCCUCCUCCGAGCCGGAGGACGACCUGAACUCGCCGCACAUGCCGGGCCCCGGCAGCGGCCACGGCGGUGGCACCGACCACUUCUCCCCGUCCCAGGCUGAUGCCUCCUCCUCCGGGCCACACGGCUUCCCGGUCGGUCCUUCCGUCAGCACGGACGGCCUGUCGCAGCAUCUGGCGGCCAGCCCAUUUGGCGGCCCGCCGGUCAGCGAUGGCUUUGGCAUGGUGGAGGCGUAUGGCGCACCCGGGUCCGGGGCCUUUGGGGCGGAUCCCCUGGCCGCGGGUGCCCCGGCGGCCGGUGACGCCACGGCCGACGGCCAGAUCAACACGCUGGAGCUGCUGGCCCCGCGCGAGCGGUCGCACGUUCCCCAGACCACCGGCACGGCCUUCCUGGAGUAUGCCUCCUCGGUGUUCAUCUUCAUCACGGUGUUCAUCUACCUGCCGAUGGUGUUCGACCGGGCCACCAACGGCUCGACCAAGGCCGCCCUGUCGUCGGCCAUUGUCGGCAUGCCGGGCUUCCAGGGGGCCACCGGGGCCGGGCUGGCCGGGGCCGGGGGCACCUUGGCACACCUGGCCGCCGGGGCCGGCAACAAUGGCACGGCCGAUGUCCUGGCCGCGCCGGACCAGCUGCCGGGCCUGGUGAACUCGCUGUCCUCCAGCCAGAACCUGGUCCUGUCGCUGGUGGCCCUGGUGCCGGACCUGUCGGACCCGCUGUUCCCGGUCCGGUCGCUGGUGUACUCGGGGCUGGUGCUGGCCCUGAAGGUGUCGGUGUCGGUGGUGGUCUUCCGCCUGCUGCUGCUCCGGGCCACGGUCAAUCUGUCCUCCUUCUCGCAGAUGCGCCAGCGGGCGGAGCGCGCGCGUGCCCUCCGCCACCGGGCCGACGCUCUGGUCUCGGCCGGCAGCAUCAACAAGGGCCGCGAGCUGUAUGCCGAGGGGCUGGAGCUUCUGUGGGGCCGUCCCCUGCGGGCCAUCUACUCGGCCAACCUGCUGUCCCCGCUGACGCGCUCAACCGUGGCCGAGCGCUUCCUCAACUUCUGCGUGCUCAUCCACACGACUCUCUUCCUGCUCUUCCACGGAGUUCUCUACAUCUCCAACCGGGUGCCGGUCUUCCGAAUGAUCAGCAACCGGAUCCUCCACCUGCCCGGUCUGGACGAGGUGACCAGCGAGAUGGUGGCCCUGCUGUAUGGCAUCUUCAAGCACCAGCCCUACGAGACAUGGCACACCUCGCUCCAAACCUACUCGUAUGCCCUGGCCGCGGUCAACAUGGAGGAGACCAAGCACUCCAACAGCGAGAUCCUCACCGAGUUGCUGGCCUACUUCUCCAUCGGGAUCGAGCAUCUUGAGGUCCGCGACUUGGUGGAAUACCUGCGCUCGCGGGCUCUCUACCUGGCGGCCGUGUAUCAUGGCCCGGAGCAGGUGGCCCGGGUCCGGGCCAUUCUCCAAGCCCAGACCCCGCCCGACCAGCAGCUCUUCCGCAUGGCCCGGUCGUCGGCCCCAUACCUGGUGUCUUUCAUCCUGCGCAUCAUCAUGCUGCUGAUGACCAGCGUCAAUGCGGCCGUCAGCAUGCGCGGCCUGCGUGAGGAGGAGCUGGCCCUGUUCCUGUCGGAUGAGGGCGCCAGCGGUGCCGACGUGGCCACCACUGCCGCCGGGUCCUGCGUCCCGGCCGGGGUGGCGGCCCUCAAGGCGCCCCCUGCGGGGGCCGACGCCGGUGACCGCGACGGCGGCCCGGCCGAGACGACGACCCCCGCCGCCGCUCACGACGGCGGCGUCGCCGCCAGCACCGUCCCAGACAUGGCCAUGCUCGGCUCCUCGGGGACGGCCUCCCCCCUUGCCGAGGGGUGUCCCUCCUCGCCGGCCGCCAUCUCCCUCAAGCAGGCCUAGCCUGCGCGUGUGCAUCCCCCCCCCCCUGCUACGCAUGCGAGACGCGGCUGGCUGGCUGGCUGGCUGGCUGGUGUUCUGCCAUCGCGCUCCCCUCCCUCUCCCCCCUCGUCCUUGUGAAUGGGUUGCUCCUCCUCCUUUGUAUUCUAAUUCCCCUGGAGCCGGGCCCGAAAGUGUGCUCGCGCACGUCCCCCCUCCCCCCC